ACGUCGCACUUGUGUACUUCUUUAUUAGUGGUGUAGUUGGCGUUUAACUGAAAUUUAAUGUAGCGCUUUAGUUUGGAAGGUUAUGGAUUAAAGCUUCAGGGUGUGGCAUCAAAUUGUGAUUUACAAAACAAUGAGAAUUUAUCAAACGUAUUAUGCUAUGUAUAAUCACUAGCCGAGUACGACAAUUACUGUCGACGACGUGCAACGGUGUUUUUUUUUCACGUUACAGUUUUGACACUUGAUACAGUCCCACUCUUUCACCCAACUGACAAUAUUUCAUCGAAUAUACGCAUAUACAUAACAUAAUUACAUUUCAUAGAACUGGUCUCAUCGCAUUGUAAAAGUAUAAGAAGCAUCACUGGAGUAUCAUCAACUAGUUAUAGAGUUGAGAAAAUUUACAUGAUGUGCUAGGAUAGCAAGUGGUCCACCAGAGUGGACGGUGGUUGUUCACGAGGUGUUGCAUACAAUCUUUCCUCGUAAUGUCAAGUAAAUAACUCUAUGUGGGAUGUUCUCCAGUUCUCCCACUCCGCACGAGUUCACCGAAAUGUCUCGGUUGGCCGACUACUUUGUUGUCGUCGGUUACGAUCACGAGAAAGAAAUUAAAAUGCUGCACAAAAAGUUGAGACCGAAUGAAUGGAGUGGGAUAAGCAAUGGGAUAAUCCUGCAAAGGUUUCCCAAAAAAGACUGGCCAGAUACACCUUUUAUCGAAGGAAUAGAAUGGUUUUGCCAACCACAAGGAUGGGCACUGUCAACGGACAGACAGGAGCCUCGUUUUUUUGUAUCCAUUCUAACAGACAUCGAUGCAAAUCGCCAUUACUGUGCUUGUAUGUGCUUCAAUGAAACAGUUUCUAUAACACCCAGUAAACCAGUCGAUGAAGAGGAAGACCCUGUAGAUGGAGACAACCGUACUUUAGCCCGGAGUAUUCCUGCCAUUACUCAUCAUAGUAUUAUGUACGCGCCAAAAUGUCUGGUGCUGGUUUCCAGGCUUGAUUACAUCGAAACAUUUAGAAACUGCCUCGGAAUCAUAUACACAGUGUACGUAGAAAAUCUUGGUAUACCAUUGGAAACACUGGUUGGAAAUAUUCUUGGAUGUAUACAAGUACCUCCUGCGGGUGGACCGCAAGUUCGCUUUAGUAUUGGUGCAGGGGACCGUCAGGCACUACAACCACCCAUCAGUCCUUCACUUCCAAUCACUGACACGAGUGUCAAUUUACUAUUCCAACAACUUGGUAUUCGUAACGUGCUUGUGCUCUUUUGCGGAGUUAUGACUGAACACAAAAUUCUAUUCCACUCGGCGAGCUAUUCCCGGUUAACAGAGGGAUGCCGAGCACUUACAGCAUUAAUGUACCCGUUUCGAUAUACCCAUGUUUACAUUCCACUGCUACCAGCUGCUUUGGUCGAGGUUUUAAGUACACCUACUCCAUUUAUAAUGGGUGUUCACAGUUCGCUUAAGUACGAGGUUGCAGAGCUGAUGGACGUCAUAGUGGCCGAUUUGGAUGGUGGCUCUAUAACAGUACCUGAUGGAGUAUCCUUAUCAUUACUCCCAGAACCUCUUUUGUCGCAAACCCAAGAUGCAUUGUCACUUGUUCUUCAACCAGAAUUGAGCUGUGCCGACUACGCUUUUCCCCCGUUAGCAACAAGAGCACCACAUCCUCCGAUGCUAGAUAAAGAACUUCGAGCUGUAUUUAUGCGUACAUUUGCUCAGCUUUUACAAGGCUAUCGGAGUUGUCUGACUUUGAUACGAAUUCAUCCAAAGCCUGUCAUAACUUUUCACAAGGCUGCAUUCUUGGGAGAACGAGGCCUAACUGAUUGUGAUUUCACAACAAGGGUUCUCGAUUGCAUGUUCUUCACGUCAUUUAUAGUUGAACGAGGGCCGCCAUGGCGACCUUGCGAUGUUUGGGAUGAAUUGCAUAGUAACCUUAGUGAUCACCUUAAACAAGAAGCACAGGAUCAUCGAUUGCUAUUGACUCACAUUCAAGAGUUGGCUCAGCAACUAUACACAAAUGAAAACCCAAAUCCUCAACCCUAUGUACAAAAGAUUCUUAAGCCACCUGAAGGAGCAUUUGCUAGAAUUCACCAACCACCAUUGCCACAUAUCAAUUGUGAUCAAGUACAGGCAAUAAUAGAUGAAGGAUUGGCUAAGAAUAAUCUCAAAGUUAGAUUAUCUUCAUUGAGGCCAAUUCAGCCACGUAUAGUUCCUAUGGGGCCUCAUAUCUCAAUAAUCCAUGACACUAGACAUUUAGUAAGUAACUCGGCACGAAGACUAGAAGUAUUACGCAAUUGUAUAAACUGUAUAUUUGAGAACAAAAUAUCCGAUGCAAGAAAAACGUUUCCUGCAGUAUUAAGAGCUUUAAAAAGCAAGGCAGCCCGAUUGGCGCUGUGUAUGGAGUUGGCACAGCAUGUCGUUGGCAAUAAAGCAAUGCUUGAGCAUCAGCAAUUCGAUCUUGUUGUGCGGCUAAUGAAUUGCGCUCUACAAGACGAUUCUUCAAUGGAUGAACACGGAGUAGCUGCGGCAUUACUUCCUCUGGCAACAGCUUUCUGUAGGAAAUUAUGUACUGGAAUAAUACAAUUCGCAUAUACUUGCAUCCAAGAGCACGCGGUGUGGCAAAACCAGCAAUUCUGGGAAUCGGCAUUUUACCUUGAUGUUCAAAAAGAUAUCAAACGUUUGUAUCUCCCUGGUGAAAACACAGGUCAAAGGUCAUUCAACGAUAACGUGCUCAGUCCUAUCAGCCCUCGAGAAACCAAAGAGUUCCCAUUUAAAGACCGAUCAUCGAUGUACAGAGUCCAAGAACCUUCAGCUUUAGAAAUAGCUGCUGAACAGAUGAGGAUCUGGUCAAAUAUAGAUGCGGAAAAACAACGAGAAUUAAUAAUUAGUGAGGAAAGUACCAUGUACAGCCAAGCUAUACACUAUGCCAACAGAAUGGUGUACCUAUUAGUACCAUUAGAUAUCGGAGCCAAAGCUCACAGACAAGAUAAUGUUUAUGAUGAUGAACGUGCGAGCAAUAGCAUCACUAAUAGUGUAGCUAGUGACAGCGGAGAUGCAGAAUCAGGUUUUGAAGAAGCCGACCCUCGUGAAACUGGAGUUGCGGUAAUACGUAUGGUUUCUCGGUUCGUAGACAGAGUAUGUACUGAAGGUGGUGUCAGUGCUGAGCACGUCAGAUGCCUUCAUCAAAUGGUACCAGGCGUCGUACACAUGCAUAUCGAAACUCUUGAAGCUGUCCAUCGAGAGAGUAAACGUUUACCUCCCAUUCAAAAACCAAAGAUCCUAACUCCCAAUAUGUUACCUGGAGAAGAAAUAAUAAUGGAUGGCUUACGAGUAUAUCUGUUACCUGAUGGUAGAGAAGAGGGUUCCGCAGGUCUACCAAAAGCGCCGCCUCUCUUGCCAGCUGAAGGAGCUAUAUUUUUGACAAAUUAUCGCAUAGUUUUUAAAGGAACUCCUUGUGAUCCAUUCGCCUGUGAGCAGUUGGUGGUACGAGCUUUCCCGGUAACAUCGUUGACAAAGGAGAAGAAAGUUACAGCUCCGCACUUGGCUCAUUUAGACCAAUGCCUCCAAGAAGGUUUGCAAUUACGCUCGUGUACUUUUCAACUGAUAAAACUAGCUUUUGACGAAGAAGUGACUGCAGAAAAUAUCGAUACAUUUAAGAAACUGGUUCAUAAAGAGCGGUAUCCUCCACAUAUCUUUCAUCACUUUGCCUUCAAUGGGCAAGUUAUGGUAACACAAACUACUCACCAUAAGGGAAAAGAGAAAAAUGCCACUCUCAAGGGCUUCGCGAAGAAAACACUUCUGAAAACUGCUCGAAAGGCAGGAUUCAAACCCAAGCCAUCCUCUAAAAGGCAGAAAUAUGUUUUACCAAAUAUGAAUUUUACAAGUAACAAUAAAUACAUGACUUCACCUGGCAGAAUGAGUCUCCCUGUUACAGAUAAUACGGAUUUGAGCCACGACGAUGAUUUAAGCAUUGAUGAAUUCGAAAUUCCUGGAAUCAUGCCGCAACUCCCAACAGAUGCAAAAACCCUGGAACGCCUGUCUGAACGAAGCUAUGUCAGAGACUGGUAUCGGCUGGGAUUAUGCCCGAGUAGUCCACAGAAUAACCGACGAAAUGAACCGUUUCGCUUGUCUUCUGUAAACUGUGCAUACAUGAUGUGCAGGAGCUACCCGGCCCUCUUAAUAGUUCCUAAUAGCGUAACAGACGAAAGUAUUCGGAGGUUCUGCCGCUUGUACAGACAUAGUAGAGUUCCAGCUAUUACGUGGCGACAUCCCAGAACGAAAGCUCUGUUGAUAAGAGGUGCAGGUUAUCAUGGCAAAGGUGUAAUGGGAAUGCUAAAGGCGCAUCCAUCAUCAACUGGGAACAUCAAAGCUACCUCUUCUGAAAGUACCUCGUCCUUGGAGCAAGAAAAGUAUAUGAUGGCACUUGUCGCAGCAACUCCACUUUCUGUAUUGCGACAAGGUUCUGCUUGGGGCAUGUCUGAUAGCUCCCUUAGCAUCGAUUCGUUGUUUUUGGCUGCUGAAGACCGUAAUGCAACGCCUGAACAAUCAAGACGGAAUCCUUUCAAUAAGGCCAUUGGCACACUUGGAAUGUUCCCAAGAUCAUCGGGUGGCAAAGGGCCUAAAAACUUUGGACGUUGGGGUUCUCUUAAGGACAAAAGGCAUAAUUCUCAGGCUUCUCUUACGACGGUCAAUCAGCGCGGUACCGUCCGACAUUCUGCAGAUUCAGACAGUGGAACUGAGUGUGUGCACACAUUUCAACGUGCAGCGCUUUAUAUUCUUGGUGAAAAAGCUCACAUGAAGGGCGUUAAGGCCGAAUCUGCACCAAAAACAGACUUUAUACCGGUCGAAUAUUUUGAUGUGAGACAUACGAAAGCUGCUUUCAAGAAACUGAUGAGAGCCUGUGUGCCGAGUUCACUCAAUCCAGAACCCGAGCAAAGCUUCUACAAGUUGAUUGAAAGCUCGGAAUGGUUGCAGCAAUUACAGAGCACAAUGCAACUGGCUGGUGCUGUAAUAGAUUUAAUGGAUGUACAAGGUUCUUCCGUAACUCUUUGCCUUGAAGAUGGCUGGGAUACGACAGCUACAGUUUGUUCGAUAGCCCAAGUGUGUCUGGAUCCUCACUAUAGAACGAUCGAUGGGUUUAGAGUUUUGAUAGAAAAAGAAUGGCUUGGAUUUGGUCAUAGAUUUGGGCAUCGAAGUAAUCUGGCAGUAAAUUCGCAAACGACCAAUUUCACACCUACGUUUCUUCAAUUCUUGGACAUUGUGCAUCAGAUACAAAAACAGUUUCCCCUAGCAUUUGAGUUCAAUGAUUACUACCUUCGGUUUCUCGCUUAUCAUUCAGUAUCUUGUCGUUUUAGAACAUUUCUGUUAGAUUGUGAAUUUGAUAGAGUAGAAUGCGGUAUUACUGCUGUCGAGGACAAACGGGGUUCAUUAACUAGUCAUCAUAAAGGCGUUGACACCGGAAGCGAUGACGAAACUGUGUAUCCUGGUGGAAGGUUAGCAGGAACAAAUACCGGCUCUAAUCUUGGCCAGAGUAUAUUCGAUUACAUCGAAAAACAGCAUGCCAGGUCACCAUUGUUCUACAACUUUAUGUAUACCCCAAACACAGAACAUCCAGUUCUUCGACCAGCAUCUCACCUACCCAGCCUAGAAAUUUGGCAAUAUUAUUUAGAUGAGGAACUGGCACAUGGACCGGGAUAUGAUCUUGAAGUCUUGCAGUUAGAUUCUGAACAAGAAGAGGAGGCUGAAGCUGCGGAUGGAAUCGUGAAAAGUAAUCGGAAAGUUGUCACUCUUGGAUACGAUGGAAUAAGUACUAUGGUACCGGAUCAGUUCUCACAUUUAUUAGAGGAAAUCCAUAAACUUGAGACCGAACUUGGGCACUUACCACAAAAGUGGAAAGUAUUGUGGGACAAACUGGAGUUACCCAACACAGAUUCUCUUACGCGCCAUGCAUCAUUUAGCACAGCCUUAGUGAGGUAUCAUGGUCGGUUAAUCCACAAACGGUCCACUUUAGAACUUCUCUUAAGAGGAAAAAUGGCUGGGGGUAACACAGCUGGAAAUGAAAGUUCUGUGUACACUCAUCCACACAGAUUCGAGAGAAUAGAUUCGGCUAUGCGUACUCAUUGUGACUCGUGUGCUGGCGUUCUGUGGGGUCCGCUUAAAGCUGGAAUGAGAUGCGUUGAUUGUGGCCAAGUAUGUCACGAUAAGUGUGCCGAAUCCAUGCCGAAAAACUGUACAAAGUAUAAUAAGGCAGUAGCAGAAAACUUGCAAUCUCACACACUGACAAGGAGUGGUGGAGAUAACGGAAGUGUUAAUUCGAGUGUCACGACAAUUCAAACAUCUUCGCAACAAUAUUAUGAACAGUUCUCAAGUAAUGUCGCUGAGAAUCGAACUCACGAAGGAUAUCUUUACAAACGCGGUGUUGUACUAAAGGGAUGGAAACAAAGAUGGUUUGUUUUGGAUUCUAUAAAACAUCAAUUAAGGUAUUAUGACGCUAUGGAAGAUUCUCACUGUAAGGGAUAUAUUGAUCUGGCUGAAGUAGUGUCUGUUACACCAGCAGCACCGACUCCUGGUCCGCCAAAGAAAACGGACGAUAAAUCAUUUUUUGAUCUGCGUACUAAUAGACGAACUUACAACUUUUGUGCCGGAGAUGCAGCUACAGCGCAAGAAUGGAUCGAGAAAGUUCAAGCAUGUUUGCAGUAGUGUCUCUGAUAAAUUAUAGUUACAAUUUAAAUUGUGCAAGUGACUGAUAGAAUAAUUGAAAUUUUUAUUUUGUUACAUACCUUUGUAUAGUGUAAUCCUAUGGCGUAUGCGUUGUGUGGCUGCAGUAUUUUUACUUUACUUGUACUUUCCAAGUCAAAAUUAACUGAUGGUACGAGGUAUUCAGCCACGCAGGAGGGAGACAUCUCUCAACCAGCCCAAUUAAUAGAAAUGACAACAAAUGUAAUAUUGUAUAUUAUUAUGUUGAAUUUGAUUAUAUUAUAUUUCACAUCAGAUAUGCAGCACAGCUGGAAGAUAAAUGAUCAUUAAAAUUUAUUAUCUGUUAAGUUUUCCUUCAGUUGUCUUCGAUUUUAUACAUUUUCAACAGAAAAAUGUGAAAAUAUAUAUCAUCUGUAUAGAUAUAGUCGAAUUAAUUAGUAGAUUAUCUGUACAUGUAUAUGUAUCACGAUAUAUUUCUUGAUAAGAUGUCUUGUCCUUGGGUAAAAACUUUUCCGAUCGUUCAUCUUCUUUAGGUACUUGAAGCGUAUCAGGGUAGCGACAUGCGGUAAUUAACGCCCUAAUUGCAUUGGAAUGCUUGUAAUGUAAUUAAUGUGAAGUGUUUAAGCUAUAACAGAUUAAAAAGAAUAAUUAUUAUAAUUGGUAAUGCGGCGGAAAUGUAGAAAAAAACAAAAAGGUCCAGACUCAGGGAUGAAAUAUAACCAAAGUCCAGUGGACCAAUUCAGUUAUGGUAUCUAUAGAUCUAAAUUAUCUCUGCCACUUUAACUAAACUAUAUCAUUUCUCUGAUAUUAUGUGAAAAGUAAUAAAAUUGUAAAAGUCA